CUGGACUUCCUUCUUCGUAACAUUCUGUCUCAGUUUCACUUUCUUAACUCAGUCAUUCCUUGACGCCUUUGGGCAAUUUUCAUUCUUUACUGUUUAUCAUAAUGGUUAAAUCAAAGCGCAUCGUGGCUGCUUUGGCCUACCUCAGCAUCAUUGGCGUAAACGCUAGCCCAUGCAAGCCACAUACCACGACUGGUAUCACCGAGACAGCCUCUUCUGCCACCUCUCAAUCAACGGUGUCUGGAUCUGUUACCAUACCGGCGUCUGUUACCGAGACUAGUACCUCGAUCGUCAGCUCCGAGACUGAAUCGGCUACGGACUCAAGCACUCUAAUCGAGUCCACUGCAACCACCGACGCCACUACUACUGCCAUUGGGGCUUCCACAACCGGGUUCUCUUCAACAAUCGAGACAACAACUACCGCUGCAGCCACCACGUCUUCAGCUGCUCCCGAGGUCUUUUGCAACAACCAAAUCUAUCGUGGCAACGCUUUAAGCCGUGGUUACACAACAACUGAAGCCAUCAGCGAGCAGGAAUGCUGGGAGAACUGUGUUGGUGAUGAGAGCUGUAACUCGUGGUUCUUCCUUACAGCCGGAGCUUGCAACCUCUAUACAGAGACCUUGCCCCAGUUCAGUGCUCCUUCUAAUGAAGAUGGUCUCUUGAUUGGAUCACGCAACUGCUCUCCUCGUGACUAUCAGGAUUGUAACGGUGACAUUGGCUUUGGUUGGGCCGGGAGGGAACCCGAUGAGCAUACCAACAAUGUUUUACUCGAAGCCGACUGCGCCCAUUUGUGCAUGAAAAACGGCCUCUGCGAUGUUUGGCAAUACGACAGCCUCUUCCAGACCUGCAACAUGUUCUCCGGUUCCUUUUCAGACUUGGUUACUUUGGAGUCUGACGGUACAGGAGACGGCAGAAAGAUGCUCAUCGGUGCACGAAGCUGCUCUUCAGACUUCUUCAAGCCUGUGCUUGGGGCAUGUAAUGGCGAGAUGGCGUGGAAUAACAACUGGCCACAACCUUACAGAAGCUUCGAUCAGUACAAGACCGUUGCUACAUGCGCGCGCGCCUGCUCGAUCGACCCUAUGUGCUUAUCCUGGUAUGUGUGGGAUGGACAUGGGGAUUGUGAGUUUUCGAAAUUUGAUCUUGACUCGGACCCAACCGAUUUGGCUACUGCAGGUUCUCGAAACUGCGGUGUUCCCUGAGAUUCUAUAGUGGCCUCAUUGACCCUUGGUAACAAGAUUUGGUUGAGAUAAAGGCUCUGGUCUUUAGACCUGCGUUUUUACAUAGUCUUAUCCCUUUAAUAUAUUGUACCAUAGUUCUUGCAUAC